UACUAUUAUAGGCAUAGAUAAAUUAUGAUGGAUGUUGGUAAUAUUUAUAUUUGAUAAAGCCGGCGCCGAGGUUGCAGAGGAGAAGACGGUAAAGCCAUGAACGCCCCCGACCGCUACGAGAGAUUCGUCGUCCCUGAGGGGACUAAAAAGGUUUCUUACGAAAGAGACACCAAGAUCAUAAAUGCGGCGACCUUCACCAUCGAGAGAGAAGACCACACUAUUGGCAACAUCCUUCGAAUGCAAUUGCACAGAGAUGAGAAUGUUUUGUUUGCUGGCUACAAGCUUCCUCACCCUCUGCAGUACAAAAUCCUUGUUAGGAUCCACACGACCAGUCAGUCUUCUCCAAUGCAAGCAUAUAAUCAGGCUAUCAAUGACCUGGAUAAGGAACUUGAUCAUCUGAAGAAUGCAUUUGAGGUUGAGGUAGAAAAACAUUCAAGGGGACUUUUAAUGCCUGUUUGAGGAGCUGUUACCUUUCCGGUGCCUUUUUGGUCUGACUUUAAAAAGAAAAGAACCGAUAUCUUUGGGACAUUUUUCUUGUUUUUACUGAUGUGAUUCGGUAAAAGCUGUAAUGCUUGUUAUUGAGGCUUCUGUAAUGAUAUACUGUUCUGAAGUCUGUCUCAAAGCUGUUCAAGAAACAAACCUUCUGCGUUUCUGUAUUAUGUUUUUCUACCAAGCUGACAGUCUGGUAAAUGUUACUUAUCUGCUAUAUAAUUGUGCAUUUGCCUGUGGUAUUUGAUAGUUAAA